GUAGAACUCGUCCACUUAAAACUUAGUAGUCUGAGAAAGACUAUUCUCCACCCAAAAAAGCCUGAGCAAAACCUUCUUUCUCUUCCUCUGUGUCGUAUAACUUCUCAGACCUGUCGCACAUUUUAUCACUUUGCAAUUUAUCUAAGGUUCAGAAAUCCAGACCAAACCCAAAACACCCAUCUGUUUGGUUUUGACCUUGGUCUAUUGAUCUACAGUCAAAGCCGGCAUAUAUCAGAUUUUGGUCCGCCGUGCCGGCCAUGGCGGACAUAGUGAAGCAAAUCCUGGCGAGGCCGAUCCAGCUGGCGGACCAAGUGACCAAGGCGGCAGACGAGGCCAGCUCGUCCAAGCAGGACUGCGCCGAGCUGAAAUCGAAAACGGAGAAGCUGGCGGGUCUGCUACGGCAGGCCGCCCGGGCCAGCUCCGACCUCUACGAGCGGCCGACGCGGCGGAUCAUCGACGAGACUGAGCAGGUGCUCGAGAAGGCUCUGUCUUUAGUCCUGAAAUGCCGCGCCAACGGGAUAAUGAAGCGGGUCUUCACCAUCAUCCCGACGGCGCAGUUCCGGAAAAUGUCGUCGCAGCUCGAGAAUUCGAUCGGCGACGUGUCGUGGCUGCUCAGAGUCUCGGCUCCCGCGGAUAUCCGGGAAGAUGGGUACUUGGGCCUGCCGCCAAUCGCGGCCAACGAGCCCAUUCUCGGCCUCAUUUGGGAGCAGAUCGCUAUUCUCCACACCGGUUCGCUCGAAGGCCGAUCCGACGCGGCGGCGUCUCUGGUUUCUUUAGCCAAGGAUAACGAUAGGUAUGGAAAGCUGAUUAUUGAAGAAGGAGGAGUUGGGCCGUUGUUAAAAUUGAUCAAAGAGGGAAAGGUUGAAGGCCAAGAGAACGCUGCUGAGGCUCUCGGGUUACUGGGCCGGGACCCUGAAAGCGUGGAACACAUGAUCAUUGCCGGAGCGUGCUCGGUGUUUUCGAAGAUUCUGAAAGAAGGGCCGAUGAAAGUUCAGGCGAUGGUGGCCAAGGCGGUCGCGGAGCUAGCAGGGCAUUACCCGAAAUGCCAGGAUCUGUUUGCGCAGCACAACAUCAUUCGAUUGCUUGUGAGUCAUCUUGCUUUCGAGACAGUCCAGGAGCAUAGUAAGUAUAGUGUGACUUUUAACAAGGCCACAUCGAUUCAUGCUCUUGUUGUGGCUACUAAUAAUUCUAAUGCAAAUAAUAAUCCGACGAAGGCGAAUGAGGAUGAGGAGAAGCAGAGUUAUUUGCAGAUUCCUCAUCCUUUGGGGAAUCGGCAGCCGAGUCAGCUGCACACUGUGGUUACUACUACUAUGGCAAUGCAGGGAGGAGGAGGGACUAAGGCUCCUCUACAACCGGUUAAUGGCGCUAAUGGGGCGACCCAAAUCAAUCAUACCAAGAGCAAUAGCAGCAGCAAUGUGAAUCAUCAUUUAUCCCAUCCUAAUUCAGGAACAAGCGUUAAGGGAAGGGAAUUAGAGGACCCUGCAACCAAGGCCAGUAUGAAAGCGAUGGCAGCACGAGCACUUGGGCACCUAGCCAAGGGGAACUCCACCAUUUGUCGUAGCAUUACGGAAUCAAGAGCGCUCUUGUGUUUUGCAGUGCUAUUGGAAAAGGGCCUUGAAGAUGUGCAGAAGAAUUCUGCCAUGGCGUUGAUGGAGAUAACAGGAGUGGCAGAGAGAGAUGCUGAGUUGAGAAGAUCAGCAUUCAAGCCUAAUUCCCCUGCCUGCAAGUCUGUCAUUGAUCAAUUGCUAAAGAUCAUUGACAAGGCAGAUUCGGACUCAGACCUCCUGAUCCCCUGCAUCAAAGCAGUAGGGAAUUUGGCCAGGACAUUUCGGGCAACGGAGACAAGGAUCAUUGGCCCAUUGGUGCGCCUUCUGGAUGAACGAGAAGCCGAGGUUACCAGGGAAGCCUCCAUUGCCCUCACAAAGUUCGCCUGUACAGAUAACUAUCUUCACCUCGACCACUGCAAGGCAAUAAUAGAUGCUGGAGGCGCCAAGCACUUAAUCCAGCUCGUGUAUUUUGGGGAACAAAUGGUGCAGAUUUCGGCUCUGGUUCUCAUGUGCUACAUUGCACUCCAUGUACCGGACAGCGAAGAACUUGCCCAGGCUGAGGUGCUCACUGUGCUUGAAUGGGCAUCCAAGCAAUCUUACAUGACCCAAGAUGAGACUCUUGACACAUUGUUACAAGAGGCUAAGAGUAGAUUGGAUCUUUACCAGUCCAGGGGCUCAAGGGGAUACCAUGGAUUCAAUCACAAAGCAUAAUGUUUCCAUUCUUCAGUUUCUGUUUUUACCUUCUCAUGGAGUGUAAAUACUUAUGUAACUUAGAGCAUUCUCAGUCAAAUGAAAAACCCUCCUCUUUUUUCUGUUUUU